UCUCAUAAUGCUGCCCACCAUUUCUUAAAAGCGCAUUUUGUAGCGCGCAGACUUGGCAGAGCGACGGUCUGAAUGUGCGUUAAAAAAAAACACGUGAAUAUAGAUAUAAUACUACCACCUUCACUGAGAGAAAAAGAAAGAGAGAACACAAGGAGGAAUAGAUUCUGACCAUCAGAUUUUAUUCCCACUCCUCAUCACAGGAAUUAACUUGGGAGCUUCGUGACCAAGAAACCUUUUGAUAUUCAAGCUAUUGAGCGACCAUAAAGGAUCGUCUUGAUCGUAACCAUACAAGCCAAAGAAGAUCUGUUACAACUUGGAUGAUGGAGCCUACUCAGUCAGAGAUGAAUAUCUUAUCCAACGGGAAAAGCCAUGACCUUGAAGGUGACUUGGGAGUGCCAAUGAAGACGUUGCCAGAAGAGGAUCAAAAUGGCACUCAAACAGUCAGAUUUGAGGAUCCUGACGGCGGACUGGAGAAUGAUGAAUUUUUGCCCAGUGCAGAUGGAAAGAAACCGAUACGCUUCACAGAUUUUGAAGGAAAGACCUCUUUUGGCAUGUCUGUCUUCAACCUGGGUAAUGCUAUUAUGGGCAGUGGAAUCCUGGGGUUGGCGUAUGCCAUGGCCAACACUGGCAUCCUCCUCUUCUUGUUUCUUCUGACUUCAGUUGCAGCCUUGUCUUGUUACUCCAUUCAUCUGCUGCUCAAAUCCUCUGGCAUUGUGGGAAUUCGAGCUUAUGAAGAGCUGGGCUACAGGGCCUUUGGCACUCCUGGAAAAAUGGCUGCUGGUAUAGCAAUCACCCUGCAGAAUAUUGGAGCCAUGUCCAGCUACCUGUACAUUGUUAAAUCUGAGUUGCCGCUGGUCAUCCAAGCUUUCCUGAAGGCAGAGCCCAACUCUGAUCUGUGGUACAUGAAUGGAAACUACCUGGUCAUGAUGGUCUCUGCCAGUGUCAUCCUGCCCCUGGCUUUAAUGAAACAGCUCGGUUACCUUGGCUAUACCAGUGGAUUUUCUCUCAGCUGUAUGGUGUUCUUUCUCUCUGCGGUUAUCUAUAAGAAGUUUCAGAUCCCCUGCCCAUUCGAGGAGUAUUCAGCCAACAGUACUGCUGCCCACCUCGGCCUCAACGUCUCAAGCCACGGCCACGAGUACAACAACGGUCUGGUUCACGAGAACGAUGACUCCCACUGCUCCCCGCGCAUGAUCACCUUCAACUCACAGACAGCAUACACCAUUCCCAUCUUGGCUUUCGCCUUUGUUUGCCACCCUGAGGUCCUCCCCAUCUACACCGAGCUCCGCAAUCCAACGAAGAAGAAGAUGCAGAAGGUGUCCAACAUCUCCAUCUUUGUCAUGUACACUAUGUACUUUCUGGCAGCUCUCUUUGGCUACUGGACCUUUUAUGGCAAUGUGGAGCCUGAACUGCUGCACACUUACAGCCGGAUUGAUCCUUACGACACGUUGAUGCUGUGCGUGAGAGUGGCCGUCCUCACGGCUGUGACGCUGACUGUCCCUAUUGUGUUGUUCCCUGUGCGUAGAGCCAUCCAGCACAUGUUAUUCCCCACCAAGGCUUUCAACUGGUUGCGUCACAUUGCCAUUGCUGUCAUUCUGCUCACUGUCAUCAACUUGCUGGUGAUAUUCGCUCCCAACAUUCUGGGAAUCUUCGGUCUCAUUGGUGCCACGUCGGCUCCCUGCCUCAUUUUCAUCUUCCCUGCUGUCUUUUACAUCCGCAUCGUUCCCAAUGAGGAUGAACCCAUGAACUCUGUUCCUAAGAUAACGGCUGCCUGUUUUGCUGCUUUGGGCGUCUCCUUCAUGGUGAUGAGUCUGAGCUUCAUAAUCAUCGACUGGACUACAGGAGGCGGCCUUGGUGCAGGAGGCCACUAGAUGCUGCUUCGGUGUGUGUGAGCUCUGGAAAUAACCAGUCAAUGUAAAGGGAGCACUGUCACCUCAGUAGGAAGAACACACCACAGCACAGGGCCUGGGGUUUAUAUCCAUAUACGGUAUGUUGGUUGGAAUCACACUGGUACUGAUCGAGUUAAAUUAACUUUUUUGAGUGUAACUUAACACAUAUUUUUGCAUAACGACAUUAUAUAAUUCAUUUUAACAUAGUGCAAUGGUAAUGCAAUUUUUAUGAAUAAUCAGGACUACACAGGGUCUUUUUUUAUUACCAUCUGUUAAGUCCAUCCACGAUGGUGAAAUGGUCCUUUCCUGUUGCUUCCUCUUUAUUUACACACAAACAACUGCAGCUGGUACUGUACAGAAAAAAUAGAAGUUAGGCUGAAGACGUGAAGGCCUCAGAAUAUACAUGAGAAAUUACUAGUUAUUUUUACACAAAUAUUAAUUAUUUUCCACGAGACGCACAAAAGAGAAUAGUCAGAUGAUCUCAUCCUGAACCAGCUGCACUCUGAACUGUUCAUCUUGAUGUAAUAUAAAACAAAACAAAAGUGCUUUAAGGCCUUAAGAGUACAGGUGACAUUUCAUUUCCUGAUCUGUCCAGUUGUUCCAGAUCAGCUAACUCUCUUCAGAAACCCUGGUGCCUUUUAGCAUUUGGAACAGCACACAAACACAGCAAAAACAGGAGUGUAUAUUUAUUUAGCUACUAUAUAUAUCUGUUUUUAAUUUCAAAUGGACUAUAUUUAACUACUGUAUAUGAUAAAGUCAAUGAUCCAAAUAUAUCAUGUAUGAUAUCAGUUAUAGCUUACAGUAUAUAAAUGAUGGAAGGAGUUACGACUGAAUAUAUUUUUUAAUGUUUGAUCAAAUUCAAAGAGCUUGAUCUUAGGAUCUCAUACCUCCCUUUGUAGAACUUUUAGCACACAUACAGUAUGUCAAACUGUGACCUUGAAUAUAGACCAAGUACAGCUCAAGUUUUACCUUUGAGUCUAGCUCCUUUAUCUCUUAAGUUCUUGAUAACCCCUUUAAAUUUCUCAUUAAGUUUUUAUAAACUCAGAAAUCACGUUUUCCCACA